AUGUCUUGCUUUGGCCUCGUCCUGAGUUGCCUCGGCUCUUGGCUCGGUCCCGAUGCUGCAGCUCCUGUCACAGCCCCUUGUUCCUCUUCGGCCAGUGGGGCGGGCACUGCAGGGGCUGCUGCUACCAGGGGAGUGCGGGACAUUAGUGGGCAGGAGUCGCCUGAGCCAGGCACCAGGGUUAUCAUCAGGAGGAGUUCAGAAGAAUCUAACUGUACUGUCUGUGUGGGUGAGGAUCCUGCCUGUAGCAAAACAAAGAUCCUCAGUGACCCUCAGAACAUGACAGUGGAGUUUACCUGUCCCAGUCCUCAGGACAUCUUCACUGUUGAGGUCAAUAGGGACCUUGAUUGCUCAAAGUCAUGCGCAUAUGAUACCAUACAUCCCGAGAGCUCCAUCUUACCAGAUUUCAAACAGAUCUUUACAUGGGACCUGAAAGUGUCGCCUGCCAAGGCCUUCCAACUAGACUUCCCAGCAUCAGGAAUGAAGCAGAUCCAGUCAUUGGAACAGUGUCUCGAUAAGCACACGUACACCAUCUUAAUGUACUCGAGAGCAGGGACGGUGCCCAUAGGUACAUUCUGUCGAACUGGAACUAUUACUCGUAUGCAGGUCCUUUGGAAAGGUCGCGUCUCUCUGGAGGUUCCCAGAGACACAGUCUUAAUCCCGUCUGACUUCAAAUACUCAGAAGCUGUUGUGUCAUCUUCCGCAGGUUCUAUCUCAGCAGUAGUGGAUGUCGUGCUGGCUCGUGGGGUGUCGAACACAGACUUCUUCAGUCCUAGCAACAUCCCAAGCGAUUAUGUGAUGAAGUGGAAUUUUGUGGUACCGCCAAUGCACAACUUCACUGUUAAUUUUGUGAAGUAUACUGAGCCCGAAUGCCAAAGCAAAAUGGCAAGAGUGACAUACCAGCAGGACAACAAUCCUCCCAUUGACAAGUCUCUCAGAGAUAACCAAGUGACCAAUUAUCAAGGAAACUUCAGUCUGUCUCUAACCAACUGUGAUGUAAAGAAGGGUAAAGUCCCUGGCCUCUUCCUUAACUUCAGGGUUUCUGUGUUCAGGAGUGGAAUUCCAUAUCUUUGCACAGUAGAUCUCCAGAAUGAUGAAGCACUGAGUCUCCAACUAGAGCACACAACCCUUGACUCUUUCUGUGAACUGAGCGUAGACUCAGUGGUGCAAAAGACCAUCAUUGUUCCCCCAGGCUCCAAGGCCAUUUUGUCUUUCCUUGAUUGCCGUAGUGAUGAGCUACUUCUUACUGCCAAGAAGACUAUCGAGUGCCAGAAUUUGUCAUUAUGUUCAUUGGCUGAGAUCCUCCUUUCGGUUCCCGCGCUGGACUCGUGUCUGCCCACACCUCUCCAGGAAGUCACCUGGGUUCUGCAGAUGCCUCAGGAUGGUGCAGUGGAGCUGAGAGCCCCUCAGGGCAGUCUAAAUCAGUUAGGCCCGGGGCAGGACUGCGUCACCCCCAUGUCUGUGCUGGUCUCAGAAGCUGAUGGUUCCAGGAUUGGCUGUUUCAGCUCUCUUGCCGGCAAAGGCUAUAUUGACAAAGUGCAGAUCAGCUCCAACGUUACGGUCACUGCAGUGGCAGGGGCUCAGGGUCUGAACUAUAAGCAUGGCCCUUUCCUCAGUAUGUCCUUCAGUCCAGAGAUCACAGAUAAUUUGAUCUACACCAUCUUUCUCUCACCACUUGGUCUUUCCACGGUUCUCCUCAUGACACCCAACUGGCCAGGAACAAUGAAGUCGGAAUCCACCUUAUCAUGGAUUGUAAAUAUUCCAGAGGAAUACAGGGCUGAAUUGUCCUUUCUCAAUGUCAGCCAGCCUAGGUGUCGUGAAGGCCACACAGAAAUGAUCAUUAAGGAGAUGGGCUCAGAGAUUGAGCAAAGCUUUAGGGAGGACAAUGCAUUUGACCACAAAGUUGACAUGUCGGGGAGUUUCUACCUCAACAUGUCCAAUUGUGAACCUGGUUAUGGCCAUUUUGCUAUUUUAAGCCAGCUCUCUCUGCAGAAGAAAAGCAAGAAACUGCUGAGUAUCAUUUUGGGUGUAAUUGGAGCACUGCUUGCAGUCUCGCUUAUCAUUCUUAUUGUAGUCUGUGUAGUCAUCAGGAAAAAGAAGCAUCAGCUGGCCAACAGGUCUUCCAUCUGCAUUCCCAAAGGAAUCGCCUCCCUCCCUGGUGAUGCCAGCUUCCCAAAAAUCCGAGCAAACAACGAGUCUCAUGUAUAUGACUAUAUUGAUGAAACUAUGGUCUAUGGUCAUCUUUUGGAAGACGAGAGACUCCGGGAAGGAGGUGGUCAAUUCAAUGGUCAUCAGGUGGACACAUACCGUAUGUUCACUGGCACUGUGGACACGAUGGCAGUAAAUUCUGAGCCUGACGGAUGCCAGGGACCUGAGACGGACAGUUACCAUCCUUUCCUGGGCCCGUCUGAAACCUUUAUGCCCCCCAGACCUCACAGUCCACUGUGCCCUUUGAACAGCAUGGGAUUCGAGGACCGUAGGAUGGUGGAUAAUGAACUGUAUACAUUCAAGAACCAGGGUGACCUGAACACAAUUAAUCUGUUCAAUGACGACAGAUUACCUCCACCAGAUGUGGAAUAUGAUGAGGCCUUUUAGUGCUGCAUAGGAUAAAGGACCAUGUGUAUCGUGGCACAAGAAAGCCAUACACGCAUCUUGCUUUGCCUGUUUGACAGACAUUCUAAAUUCUAAGUCUUCUCACCUGAGUCUUAUGGACCCUUAACUUGUCUGGAUAUAAAUAUCAUAGAGCACACUUAUCGGAACCUUUGGAGAAGUGAAUUGCCAUGUGGACAUGUAGUCAGAUGAUCAUGUAGGCCUGGUUUGCUCUAAGCACCUUAAUGUCAGGACCUUUGAGAUGCAGUUUCUUUUGGGAAUGUCCUGUUUGCUGAUGUUCAGUGUAUGUUUGAUGCUACGUCUGGCAGUUUCCGACUGGUUUUAUGUUCUUUUUAUCGGGAUUCAAAUGUUCACAUAUGUUGAUUUAUUUAUCUUGUUUGUGUUUAUGCAUUUCUUGUAUAAUGUAUAUAUCUUCCAUUCUUUUAAAGAAUAAAUUGUUUGCUGUUUGAGUAGCUAUGUUACUGGUUUGAUGGGCUGAACUAAAAUCACUUCAAGGAUUUGUGUUCAUAUUAAGUUGUAAAAUGAACAAGACCCCUCAGAGUACCACUCUUGUAAUAAUCUGAUAUUUUAUUGUAUCGAUAGCCAAAAAGCUAAAGUAAGCAUGCAGCAUUUUUAUCUAGCAGAUAUCCAGGACUUUAUCAUCAUUCUUUUGUGAAG